GGUUUCAUCUCCGGCUACUUCGUCUAGUGUAAUAUCCACCAGCACUGAAGAAGACGAGGACAUGGCCAACUGUUUGAUCCUUCUUGCUCAGGGCGGCGGCGGCGGCGGCACCGAGGGAAAGUUCAGCAGCCGGAGAUUCCCGGAAAUGACGGCGGCCACGGCGGCGGAAGGGAAAGUUGGCGUCUACGUUUACGAGUGCAAGACUUGCAGCAGAACAUUCCCUUCGUUUCAAGCGUUGGGUGGCCACCGCGCAAGCCACAAGAAACCCAAACCCUCCGCCGCCGCCGCAGACGUUGAUCGGAAAAGGCCACCACCACCGGCGGCGGCGCCGAUUGAUCAAACAGCGGAAUAUGCUCCGGCGGCACCUUCAACGCAGUUUCCGAAAACUCACGAGUGCUCUAUAUGCGGGUCGGAGUUUGCGUCGGGGCAAGCAUUGGGCGGCCAUAUGAGAAGACACCGGUCUGCUGCAACUAACACCAACACGACGUCGUCUGAUAUUAUUGAUGCCGGAGAAAAGACCAGAAACAUGUUGGAGUUGGAUCUCAACCUGCCGGCGCCGCCGGAAGAUGACCGCCGGGAAAUGAAGUUCCACCGGUUCACACCCAACAAGCAGCCGCGUCUUGUCUUCUCCACGGCGGCGCUGGUGGAUUGCCACUACUAAUUAAUUAAGCGAUAAGGGUUGACAAAGAUUCAUAAUUGAUCAAAUGUUAAUAAUUAUUUGGUUAA